AUGGCAACUACAAAGCAGAAAAAAUCAAAACACUUGGAAGAGAGUACUGAAAAACGAUUAUUUUCCGAUGGAAUAAACCAAAUAGAGCAAGGAAUAUGCAACAUAAUAACCGUAUUCGGACAAUUAGAACAAAAAAUUCAUUCAGAUACAGAAAAAGAUAAUUUGGAGACAUUAAAAGCUACAAUAUCAACUUUAAAGGCGGAGAGGGAGGAGCAAGAUUUAAUCCAUGAUAGCAAAAUUAAACAAUUGGCGGAUGAGGAGAGCCAAGAGAAAAAGAGACUACUCAACGGGUUUGUAUCCCAGAAAAACGAAAUGUUGAACGAAAAUGAAUUGUUGAUGAAGAAAAUUGCUGAGCUUUGUAUGGAUACUGAGCGCAAUGAAUCAAUUUGGAAAGAAGGAGAAAACCAACUUAAGCAACUGCUCGCAAAGGAAAAAAUAAAUACACAAGAUGCGCAUGGUGAAAUUGAGAAAUGGCAGAUAAAAGAAGAAAUGGGUAAAUCACAAACCAAGGUACUGGAAAAGGAAAUUGAAGCAAAAAGAAUAGAUUUGAUGAACACAAAGGCAUAUAUAAAACGCAGUGAAGAUGCGUGGCAAAAAGAACAGGCGAUGCUGCGAGACGAUAUAGAAGUUGAAAAAAGAAAUUGUCAGCGAGCAUUAGAAGCAUUCGAUAUUUUGCAAACGAGAGAGAAAGGCUUUGAAAAGGAAAUGGAGCGAAAGCGAAAGUUAAUAGAUGAAAAUUUUGUCAUUAGAAAUGACAACCUAAACUUGAAGAAGGAUUUGGAUCAAAAGGCAAAGGACUACAACAAACUGGUGGCAACAGUAAAAGAAAAGGAACAUGAGAUGAUUAGCGUUAUAACGUCCAAUAAUAAACUAAAUAAAGAAACCCUUACACUAAAAGAAAGUCUUAUAGAAACAGAAAACCGACUUACUACAUUGCAAGGAACAUAUGACAAAACAAAAGAAAGAUUGUGUAAAGCAGAACUGCAUCUUGCGGUUGUACAAGACGAUAAGGACCGACAAUAUAAAGAAGAUGAUUAUCGAACUGGUAGAAGGAAUGCUUCGACGAUGGACAACAGAAGUAAUAGCAAACGACAUAAAAUGGCAUUAGAGUCAACGAUAAAUUUCGGUCGUCAUAGAGACACCUUCAGAAUUGCUCGUAAAAAUCAAGAAAGAAACGAAUUAAUCGAGAGACUUAAAAAAAUGGAAGAUGGACAGAAAGUACAACAAACCGUACUUGAACAAAUGGAACAAAGGGCUAUAUCAACAGAACAACAAUUAAAAGAUAAGCAAACAGAAAAUGAGUAUUUGGAGCGAACCAUUGAAAGACUGCAAACCGAGUUGAAAGGUUCCAAAUUGAGGCAUGUUUAUUUGUUCAUUUACCACGACGGUCAAAGUAUUUAA